CAGAGAGAACGAUAGAAGAGAGAGUUGUAAACGUAGCGCUUUCUACUUCGCUCCAUUUCUCUGCGGACCCAAACACAGACACGUAAGCAUGCGGUUCCUGAGAUCUCGGAUACCCGACCCGAACCCGAAUCCCUGCUUGGCUUCCCGGAGAUCCAUCGUCACCGCAUGCAGAGCCGUUAUUCUUCCCCGCUUCGGCGGCCCCGAUGCUUUCCAGCUCCGUCCCAAUGUCGAGGUUCCUUAUCUGAACCCAAACCAGGUUCUUGUUCGAGCUCGUGCAGUUUCCAUUAACCCGCUCGAUACGCGAAUGAGAUCAGGCUAUGGUCGUUCGAUAUUUGGGCCUCUUCUACCUCUCAUUCUGGGACGUGAUAUUAGUGGGGAAGUUGCAGCUGUUGGAGCUUCAGUCAAGACACUGAGUGUAGGACAAGAAGUUUUUGGUGCUUUGCAUCCAACUGCUGUAAGGGGUACUUAUACUGACUAUGCAAUUCUUUCAGAAGACGAACUUACCCCCAAACCCGUAUCUGUGACACAUGUGGAUGCAAGUGCCAUUCCUUUUGCUGCAUUGACUGCAUGGCGUGCUCUAAAAAGUACUGCUAGGAUAACUGAGGGGCAAAGGAUAUUGGUCGUGGGUGGUGGAGGAGCAGUAGGUUUUGCUGCAAUCCAGCUUGCAGUAGCUGCAGGGUGCAAUGUGACAACUACGUGUGGAAGUCAAAGUGUAGACCGAGCAUUGGCAGCUGGUGCUGAGCAGGCUGUUGACUAUACAGCUGAGGACCCUGAAUCAGUAAUAAAGGGAAAAUUUGAUGCUGUCUUGGACACCAUUGGCGUUCCAGAGACUGAAAGAAUUGGGGUAAAUUUUUUGAAGAGAGGUGGAUACUACAUGACACUUCAGGGUGAGGCAGCAUCACUGGCUGAUAGCUAUGGACUUUGUUUUGGGCUUCCACUUGCAUCAUGUAGUCUACUGAAGAAACAACUUCAAUAUCGAUCCACCCAUGGAAUAGAAUACUCGUGGACUUACAUGAGAGCGGACGCAGAAGGGUUAGAUGAGAUUCGAAGGCUUUCUGAAGCUGGGAAGCUGAAAAUACCUGUGGAGAAAACAUUUCCUAUCACACAAGUGAGAGAAGCUCAUGAGGCUAAAGAUAAAAAGCAUAUACCUGGUAAAGUUGUGCUUGAAUUUGACUAAGCUUAGAUUUAUGCUUUUAAGAUGUGUUGUUUGUUUUGUGGUGUAGAAAACUUUGUGAACUUUUAAUUUUGAAGGUUUAGAUAUGAGAUGGGAUGGGAGUGAAAACUGGAAUGAAAUCUAGGCUCUCUAUACAGUUCUUUCUUCAAUAGCAUUUUUGCAAUAAGAGUUUUCAUGGGGAAAUUUUGCAAUUCUCUUACACUGACAUUCUGUAUAUUCCUAUAGUUGAGCAUAGACAAAUGUACAACACUCAGAUACUUUAAUCAUUUUUCUUUUACAUUUAAAUGUAGUUUAAUCAAUUUAUCUACAA